UUGAAACAGUUACUGAUGAUGUCAACGCAGAUUUAAUAUUGUUUACAAAUUGCGUUGGACGUUUGAAGCAAGAAACCUACACUGAUUCACUUUUUUCCUUUUCCAUAUUCCUCAUGACCAGAUGGGAACAGCUAGUGCGUUAGAUACACUUUGUGGCCAAUCGUUCGGAGCAAAGAAGUACGGAAUGUUAGGGAUACAAAUGCAAAGAGCAAUGUUUGUUCUUACACUAGCUUCUAUUCCUCUCUCCAUCAUCUGGGCAAACACAGAGCACUUUCUUGUCUUCUUUGGACAAAACAAAGCCAUCGCUACACUUGCUGGCUCGUACGCGAAAUUCAUGAUCCCGAGCAUCUUCGCCUACGGUCUCCUUCAAUGCUUUAACAGGUUCUUGCAGGCACAAAACAAUGUGUUUCCUGUGGUUUUCUGCUCUGGAGUCACCACUUCUCUUCAUGUCCUUCUUUGUUGGGUCUUGGUUUUUAAAACUGGUUUAGGGUUUCAAGGAGCUGCUCUAGCUAACUCCAUUUCGUAUUGGCUUAAUGUCAUUCUCUUGUUCUGUUACGUCAAGUUCUCGCCUUCUUGCUCACUGACUUGGACCGGUUUCUCUAAGGAGGCUCUACGCGAUAUUAUCCCUUUUCUGAGACUAGCUGUUCCUUCUGCACUUAUGGUCUGUUUAGAGAUGUGGUCCUUUGAACUUUUAGUUCUCUUAUCAGGACUUCUUCCCAACCCAGUUCUAGAAACUUCAGUUCUCUCAAUCUGCCUUAAUACAUCAGGAACAAUGUGGAUGAUCCCAUUUGGUCUCAGUGGUGCUGCAAGCACGAGGAUCUCGAAUGAGUUAGGAGCCGGUAAUCCGAGAGUGGCUAAACUUGCGGUGCGUGUGGUCAUAUGGAUUGCAAUCGCAGAAAGUAUAGUGAUCGGAUCAAUUUUGAUACUCGUAAGGAAUAUCUGGGGGUUGGCUUAUAGUAGUGAAACAGAAGUAGUCACCUACGUAGCCUCGAUGAUGCCCAUUCUCGCAUUAGGCAACUUUCUAGACAGUCUUCAAUGCGUUCUCUCAGGGGUUGCUAGAGGAUGUGGAUGGCAGAAGAUAGGAGCAUUCAUUAAUCUUGGAUCAUAUUAUCUUGUUGGAGUUCCUUCAGGCUUGUUACUUGCUUUUCACUUCCAUGUUGGUGGUCGGGGGCUUUGGCUUGGAAUCAUAUGUGCCCUCGUUGUUCAAGUUUUUGGUCUUGCCCUCGUCACCAUUUUUACCAAUUGGGAUGAAGAGGCCAAGAAAGCUACACAGAGAGUUGAGUCUUCUUCAAGUGUGAAAGAUUUUGCAGUCCAUGACAGAUCAACUGUUGUAUUUUGAGAGCCAAUAAAUCAUUGAACUUCAUUUUCAUUGAUAGUCAAUUAAUCUAUAUGGAAGAGCCAAUAAAUCAUUGAACUUCAUUUUCA